CCAAUAUUUCAUUUAUUACCAAUUACUGUCUGCUACAUUAAAAUCUUUAAAAAAAAACACACACACAUAUAUUUUUCUGAAUCAAAAUACCGUCACUACAGCUGUAAUAUUCCUGACAGUCUCUAACAUUUUAUUUGGACGGUUCUGUGUUGUAGUUUGCGGAGGGUCACUUCCUGUUGGACUUUAGUCUCAGAGUUUCUCGUCAUGGCUGCCGAAGGUCUGGAAGAGAUGAAUGUCAUUACAUACCUGUCGGACCAAGCCCUGCAGGAGUAUGAGAGUCUGCAGAGGAGGCAUGAGACCGCAGCCAUGGAGUGCAGGAGGCUAGAGGAGGAGAGAGACCAGGCCAUCAAGCAGCUCAGUGAGAUCCAGCAAGUGUCUCAGAUGGUCAUUGAAGAGGUCAGUGCCAUUCAGGAAAACCUGGAGAUUGAGAGGACGUGCAGAGAAAGUGCUGAAGCCCUGGCCUCCAAGCUUAACUGUCAGAACCGCUCUCUGAAGAGGAAGAGCAUGAUGCUGCUGUCCCACCUCAGCCCAGACACCAUCACAGACAUCAGUCUUGACGAUGAAGAGGAGGAGGAUGGUGAGGAUCUGGAUGCAACCAGCAAGGUCUGCCUCUCCCCACAGUGCCAGACCACCAUCUCAGAGCUGCAGAAUCAGCUGGAGUCAUCCCUGAGGGAGAAAACUCGAGCAGUGACUAAUCUCGAGUCAGUGAGAGACCAACUGAGGGAAACUAGGGAGGAACUGCUGAAGGAGAAACAUGAUAACACUGUGUUAAUAGCUGAGACGGUGUGGCAGAAGAAGCUCCUGGGGAAAUAUAACAGAGUGUCUCAGUUUGCUGUGGAGGAGUACAAGGCCCUACAGGACACACUGGACCUGGAGAGACAUCUGAGGACUGAGGCCGAGACCUUUGGCAGAGAGAUGGUGGUUGAGCAGAAGAAGCUGAAGAGACAGAGUCAGAUCCUGAUGCAAAGCUCCUCGCCCAGUCAGGCUCUACUGGACGCCCUGAGCCAGGUCACCAGACUGACCCAGGAUCUGGAGACGCAGAGGCUGGAGCACCAGAACCAGAUGAAGCAGAUGGAGGACAGGCUGAGGAGCUGCGAGGCUCAAAGGGAGCUGACAGCUCUGAGGUGCAAACUGCAGCUUAUGGAGGAGGAGAAGAAGGAGUACACUGACAAAUGCACCAAGGUUGAAGUGGAGGUCAAGGAUCUGCGGUUUACAAUUGAGGAGCUCCAGAAGAAGCUACAGGCAGCUAUCAACCCACCCCCAACUCUAGCACCUCCACCUCCCCCUCCCCCACCUCCUCCCCCUCCAGCCCCAGCUCUGGCCUCCAACCCCCUCAGCUCACUAUUGUCACUGAUCCGAAAGAGAAGGGGCAUCAGUGCUGACAUCCCACUGGUGGUCCAGGACUCUGCCAAGACAACAGAGAUGGACGUCAGGCAGCAGGCGGUGGACGAAAUGAUGCAGAGGAUCAAGAAAGGCAUUCAGCUUCGACCCCUCAACCAAUCACCCAACAGAGCCAGGAGACAGAUGCAGCGGCUGCCCUCUAAUUCUGCCAUUCAGGAACUUAAAGGAAUCAUGGAGAAUUUCAAUAGAACCCCCCCCCAACCAAAGGCAGCAUCUCCAUCAACAAACCGUGAUGAGGAGCUUCAGAGGAUCCUCCUGCGACGGCGGGGGGCACUGGAGUCCUAACACACACACCAUGUGUUUGUCUCUCUGUGCAGGUUCCACCCCCCACGCGCCCCCCCUCCCAACCCAGGUGUGUGUGAGGGGUGUGACCAGGCUCUGACAUCAGACUCCAUGACAACAGAAAGGAUGAGGCUGAUAGAAGACAACAGGAUGUAAAGUCAAGAACUUCACUGUGCUGUGUGUUUAUAUUUAAAGUGGCAACAGACAACUUUUUUGUUUUAACUUAUGAUUAUGAAGUAUAUGUUCAUUGGAUGUUGUAAUGUCUGUAGAGUAGUGACACCAUCAGCGUUUAGAUGUAUUACCUGUAAACCUCACUUUCACUAUAUGAUUCUAUGAGUGAACCUCAGACGGGCAUUCACACAAAUGAGGGAGUGUGAAUUCACUGGGACCAGAGAGAGGGCCAGUAAAACCUUUAUGCACUAAUUUACAGCCCACUGAGAUUAGUGUUGUGACUGUGAGGAGAGCUCAAACCCACAUUCAGUCGGCCUUAUUUCUACUGGAUCAGUCAGUAACAAAAGCUGCUUAUUAAUACAACCAGAGGCCAGAUGUAGAAAUGAUGCGUACACGCAGAAAUCAUGCGUACGUCAUUUCCCACACAUAAACUGGUCUUUAUAAAAACAGAAUGUGUCACCUCACUCAUUCCUUUGACCAUGUGAACACACAGUUUUCCAAAGUGAUCCAAGUUACAGUGAAGUGAAAAUACAAAAUAAUAAAAAUAUUAAUAAUUUAACAUAAAAUAAAAUAACCAACUUCA